AAAUAAAAAACCACAAAAUUCUUGCCUUUAUUUUUAUUUUUCCCAAGUUUGUUAAUAGAACUGCCACAAAACAUUACAAUAAUAAUAACAAACACGUCAUGGGAUAAACCAUUUCCAGCACAGCACAUGUCGUAAAUCCCAACUUGUAUUACACUUCACCGAAACCGUCAAACCCAACUUUAUAUACCAACGUUAACAAAUUAGUACAAGUCAUAAUGAACCUUCUUACGUUCGUUAUUCUUGUGACCGCAGCCUUGGCCGACCAGUCGGCCUUGCAAGAGUUUAUUAGCAGUACCAACAAAUUCGCUGCUUCUGUUUACAAAGAGCUCAACAGUGGCGGAAAUGUUCUGGUAAGUCCGCUUUCAGCCGAACUGAUCCUGGCCUUGGCCCAAGCUGGCGCCAAAAACGCAACCAAAGAGGAGCUCCGUCAAGGGGCACAUUUGCCCCCAAGUGAGCCAACACUCCGAGAGGGAGUUGGCCAAGUGUUCGCACUUUUGCAAAACCCUGACUACGUUUUACGAACAGUUAAUAAAAUAUACGUGGCGGAAAAAUGUCCAAUCAAUAGUGAUUUUAAAAUUUUGGCCCAAAAAACCUACAACGCCACUCUGGAAAACAUUGAUUUCGCUAGUAAAGAUAAAGCGGUGGCGGGAAUUAACCACUGGGUGGAGCAAGAAACCGACUCCAAAAUCCGAAAUUUGGUAAAUGGGGAGGAUUUGGGCAACAAAACUGUGACCCUUCUGGUGAACACUCUCCGAUUUAGGGCCAACUGGAGCACGCCCUUCCAUUUCCUGGAAACCCGCCCUUCGGUGUUUUACACCAAGGAUAACACAACACUAGUGGACAUGAUGCACAUCUGGUCCGAAGAAUUCGAAUUUUACGAAAACUUCGACCUAAAUGCCACUUUCUUGGUGCUUUCCCUUGAAGGGCAAAAUGUUACCCUAACCGUGGUUUUGGCCCAAUCAAUUGACCUUCUGGAAGCCCAAAUGGGGGCAGUUUUGGAAAGCCCACAAGAAACCCAACGGGAUAUUUUCAACGUGGCGCUCCCGAAAUUUAAACUGGAGUCACGAAUCGACUUGAAGCAAGUUUUGAAAAAUUUAGGUGUGAGGAGGGCUUUUGAGGAUGGCGAAGCUGAUUUUAGUUUAAUAGCUGGGCGAAAAGGUGAGUUGUUUAUCAGUGAUAUCGUCCAGAAGACGUUUAUUGAAGUGGAUGAGGAUGGGAUUGAGGCCGCAGCUGCCACUUUUAUCGUGAAAUUGAUAAAUCGGAAUGGUAACAACGCCAGGGAGUUUAGAGUGGACCGUCCGUUUGUAUUUUUUGUCAAAGUGAAUGAUUUGGUUGUUUUUGUAGGCAAAGUUGUAGUACCGACUUGAAAUAAAUUUUAGCAAAGUUUUA